AUGUAUAAAUUGAUAUCGGUGUGGCUGUGUUGGUGGAACUGUGUAGCGCUCUUGCUUUACAAACGGAUUGUGUUAGGUAUUGAACCGAGUUUUAUCCGGCUAUAUCACGUACGUUCGUUUGCCGUCUUCUUUCCUCUGAAGUCCAACCCAACUAAUAUUUUCUACGUAUCGACCGUCUGUGGACUACAGUACCUUGUAGACGUGCCCAAAAAGCUCCCAUUAAGUGAUGCAGAGGCUAUGAGUUCUAUUGGCAUCACAGCAAGUGAUCUACAACGGGCGGGUGAGAUAUCUGGCAGCAUGCCUGCUAUGCAGGAUAACAGCAUGAUCAACAUACAAAUCAGGGAUGGCAGAGACAGCAAGACAAUAAUAUUGAAGUUCAAAAAGACGGAUCCCAUGAGCAAACUACAUAAUUAUUACUGCAAGAAGCAAGGCAUAGCACCUUCGAAGGUCUCUUUCAGGUUCGACGGAGACAAGAUUAAGGGGAGUGACACAGCAGAAAAAUUAGAGUUAGAGGACGAUGAUCUUAUAGAUGCAAUAAUUUCGUGACGAAAAUCAGGGUACUCUGAGUCACAUUAAGUUACCCUCAGGCAGAGCGAAGUGGCGGUUAAACUUUUCG